GCGCAUUAAACCGGUGAGACGUCCGGUCCGACCACCAACCCGGAAGUGUGAACUGCGAAGUGGAAGCCAGAAAUAUUUUGCCAGCUGGCUAACGUCAACUACAAUGUGGUUUCUAACACUAACAGUAAGAUUGUUUGAUCAUUUAUUUGUUUCGAAAAACCAGUAAGAAUCGGAUGGUUUCGCAUCACGACACCGACGAGUAUAGUAGAUGAGGGAUUAUUUCUGCGAUGGUGAAGCAACACCAGCAGUCGGACUGGAGUCGAACUCGCUAACCAGGUUGUUGAAACUGGUCCAAACUACGCGAUAUACAAACCUUUUCGUCCAGUCAACACGUGUUUUUAUUGACGCUUUUUAGUGGGCAGAUAUGUUUUGUACAUUGAUAUAGAAGUGACGAUUGCCUUCUCGUGUGCAAGCAGAAUUUAUAAAGAGACAAUAUGUUUCUAUGUUAAGUGUCGCGUCAGCUCAAAGCUUUACUUAAAUAACAAGAGGAGCAUUGACCCUACAGGUUAGAAUAAUGGACGCUAUCCGUCUUGGAUGGGAAACCAAACACACCAACCAUUUGGCGUAUUAACUACCGAACAAGACCUUCUAUUAUGAUGAGUAACCUCAGUUUACUUCCCCGUUAAAAUGAUGCAUCUUGUGUCAUCGUGUGUUUUUAUGAGUCAUCAGUUACAGGUGCAUCGCCGGCUCUACCAAACUCCUCCUGAGACCAUUAUAUCUGUCGGGCAAAACAUCCCUCGUGUCUGCUGAGCCCUGCGUCGCCUUAGUGCCAGAGCCCGCGACCCCGGGGGCCCGCCGUCAUGGCGCUCAUCGAGGGGGUGGGAGAUGAGGUCACCCUGCUGUUUGGGCUCCUGCUGGUCCUGAUGGUGCUGGUCCUGGCCUGGGCCUCCACCCACACCGCUGAAACCGCAGAGAGCAUCUUCAGCCCCCCCACCGCUGCCAGCGCCAGCUCCUCUCUGGAACAGCACGCCACCCUCGCCGCCACCACCACCACCACCACCACCGUCUCCUCCGACGCCGGCUCACAGACUCUGGCCCCGCCUCCCGGAGAGGAGGGCAAGACGGAGGGCGUGGAGGGGGAGAGGAGUGCGGGAGGGGGAAAUGGUGGAGAAGGAGGAGCAGCAGAUGCCGCCGGAGAGGGGGAGGAGGCGGGGGAGGACGGAGGAGAAAGGAGCGUGUUGGGAGACGGGCUGAGGCGCAGAGAGGCGGUCGCCCCACAAGAAACAGGCGGGGAGGGCCAAGGGCAGAGGAACAUGGUGGUCCGCCUGAAGUUCCUCAACGACACGGAGAGGCUGGCCCAAGUUGAGCCCCAGGACACCAUCGGAUACAUCAAACGGACGUACUUCGCGGGCCAGGAGCACCAGGUGCGGCUCAUCUACCAGGGCCAGCUGCUGCAGAACGACGCCCAGACGCUGGCCUCCCUCAACCUGGCCCACAACUGCGUGCUCCACUGCCACAUCUCCCAGCAUGCAGCGCGCAGCACGCCGGUGGGAGCCCCUCCCACCCACCAGGUUCAGGUGGCGCUCAACGUGGGCAGCCUGAUGGUGCCCCUGUUCCUGCUCAUGCUGUCGGUGCUGUGGUACUGCCAGAUCCAGUACCGGCACUUCUUCACCGCGCCCGCCACCGCCUCCCUGGUGGGCGUCACCAUCUUCUUCAGCCUGGUGGCGUUCAGCGUCUACCGCCGCUGAAGGCCACACCCCCUCCCUCCCUAAAAGACACGCCCAUCCCCAUGAGGUCACAUGCCUUCUCCUUCCCUCCUCAAGCCUCGCCCCCUCCCUCAAGCCCCACCCACAUAACAGGCUCCUCCACAUCAAGCUACACCCCUGGCUCCAUAAAGCCACGCCCCCUACCUGCUCUCAACCAAUGCCUCCCGCAAUUCUCUCGCGCUAGCUAGCUAGGCUGCUUUCUACUUUGCUAUAACUGCAUCUUUGCCUGUUUGCCGUAAUGCAGAAGAACGCACGCAGGAGCGGCUGCGCUAUGACCCAAACCAACUUCCUGUAUCCUGACCUUAGCCCCGCCUCCGCAGCCCCACACCUCUAACCUUGUGGGCCUCUGGGCUCCAGUGAGAAAGACUGCUCCGGCUUGCCGUUAAGAGUCUGUUGGCCCCCCCCCUUCAUUUGCUACGCUGGACGGUACUCGAGGGGAGACGUCGCCGUGACGACCGAGCUGGAGAGAUUAGCGUUUUUGUUUGGUUUAUUUCGAUGAUUACAGUUGACUCAUGGUGCCUGGUGUCGCUGCCUGUGUCGUCCAGCCCAGACCGGGCUGGCAUGGAGCACAGGAGCAUUUCUGUCUGUCUUUCUGUCCGUCAGUCUGCUCACUAAUUGACGAACACCCACGAACACCCCUCUCCACAACUCCCCUGUCUGUCUCUCUCUCUAUCAUUGAUACUAGGAUAAUCUACAGAGGGACUGUUUGUCUGCCAUUAUGGAAGUGUAAAAUCUUUAGUGUAAAAUAACACUUUUGAGGAAAAAUUAGUUAUAUUAAAUAUUUCUUUUAUUUAUACUUGUUGUCUUUGCUUUUUUGCCAUGUAACCGCCAAACAUUGGACAUUUUCCAAAUACAAACAUAUAAUCGAAGAGUGUUCGAUUAUAUUGUGGUUGACUGGGACCGGUUGUGCCUACUCUCCCAGAAUCCCAUGGGGCGGGAGGUCAUCGUUUAGUGACAUCACACAUAUAGAUAGAUAGAUAAGUCUACCCAGUGGACUGUACUAAAAGCAUCGAGGGGAACACUCCCACUGGUGAUAUCACUUUGGGGCAGAGGUCAGCUGUAGGUAGCUGUAGUAUAUCAGACAAUAAUAGUUUGUUUCAUCAAUAGCAUAAUGAGGUUUAGAGUUACAAAUUAAAAGUCUGUACAUCCCUGAUAGUGGAUUCUCCCGGUUGGAAGGUCAUUUUGGGUCUUCUUCCCAAUUGUCAACAGACCAACGCCUACGGGUGCUCCUACUAAACACACGUUAUACGGGCAAAGUCUAGUCGACAUUUUACCUUUAGCAGACGCUUUUAACCAAAGUGACUUACAUGGAGUGCGAAAGUCUUUCCGUGCUGGUGCAGCCAAUCUAUAAUCAAGCAGAAAAUAAUAGACCAUUAAAAACAUUCAUAAUUUGGAGAAAAAAACGUUUGAGAUUUUUCGCCCAGAUUCCUUAUUUUUUUAACGUUCCUUGUAGAAAUAUAAUACUGGCUAGUAAAGCUCGAGGUAUUGCAACUAAACUGCUUGUAGAACCUGCAAGCAGUUUGUUUGCGAACCUGCCCGUUGUGAGGUAGAAGUAGGUCCUACUGUGGUAUUUCUGGUCGCCACAGGGUGGCAGUGCAAUCCAAACUGUCUAAUAGUUGACGGGUUAUUAUCCUAGAUCCAUAAAGGGCACAGUUUGGCUGGUAAAGUCAGAGCAUGUGCGUGUCUGGCUGUGUGUUUUUUAACACGUUUAAUUUGUUGAAAAGUGUAUGACUUAAAUGUGAAAGGAAAACUUAUUUUCACAACACCUGUGAGACCGCAGGUGUUAUGGACCAGAGUGUAAAAAUAACAAUAAACUCACACUUAUAGCUUCUGGUUUCUGAGAAUUCAAACGGUAGCUAAAACACAUUAUGUUCCCAUGGGGCCUGUUCUUGGGGGGGCCUCAAAAUGACUGGAAACAGGAUAUGUGUUUUGUUUUGCUGUGUGUGUGUGUGUGUGUGUGUGUGUUUCGUUUAGCUGUGUGUGUGUUUGUGUGUGUGUGUGGGUGAAGGUGUGUGCGUGUGUGUGUUGUAAACAAUCAGAUUGCUGCAACAGGAAGUGGAUCACUGUGUGGUUUCAUCUCCUCCAGUUCUGAGUACACCGCGCCACCACACAGCUCAGCAGACACGCCACCCGCCGCAACAAGGGGAUCGAAUCUCCUUCCAGUUAACCCUGUGUUGUCAUAGAGACCUUGAACCUAGACCACAGUCUGGACUGUAGAGCUGUGGAGGUAGGCCUCCCCCCUAGACCCCGGUCUGGACCAUAGCCCUCCCCCUAGACCCGGUCUGGACCAUAGGCCUCCCCCUAGACCCAGGUCUGGACCGCAGAGCUCCAGACCUGCCUCAAGGUCAGUUCCACCUUGGAAUAAGGAUGAAUAAACACGGUAGUACCAUUGAAGAAUAUGGAAUCGUGUCACCUUUUAAAAAAAUAUUUUAUUCUCAGAUCAUCAAACAUAUUUGAACAAAAAAGGUUUGGCUUUGUACAAGUGGCAGCAUUCAGAUAUUAUGGGAUACGUCUUGACACAUCAUU